AGGUUUCGCUUGUUAUGCAUAUGUCCCGGUGCUGAUUGUCACCUUGUGUAGUUUAAAAAGUCACCUUACUGCUACCCGCAAGAUCACACCCAUGUUAAUACCUAAAACAGAUCAUGGCAGAGAUCAAAGUUACCCCACUUGGUGCCGGACAAGAUGUUGGCCGCAGUUGCAUCUUGGUCACGAUUGGCGGCAAGAACAUCAUGCUCGACUGUGGCAUGCACAUGGGAUUCAAUGACGAUAGACGAUUUCCCGAUUUCACUUACAUCACUCGAAGUGGCCGCCUCACGGAACACCUGGACUGUGUGAUAAUAAGCCAUUUCCACUUGGACCACUGCGGUGCCCUGCCCUACAUGAGUGAGAUUGUUGGCUACGAUGGACCCAUCUACAUGACCCAACCCACCAAGGCCAUAUGUCCAAUCCUAUUGGAGGACUACAGAAAGAUCACCGUUGAGAGAAAGGGAGAGACCAACUUCUUCACUUCGGCUAUGAUUAAAGACUGCAUGAAGAAAGUGGUCAUCGUCAACCUUCAUCAGACAGUCCAGGUUGACGACGAGCUGGAGAUCACUGCCUACUACGCUGGCCACGUGCUGGGGGCGGCGAUGUUCCACAUGAAAGUCGGUUCUCAGUCUGUGGUCUACACAGGAGAUUAUAACAUGACACCAGACAGGCAUUUAGGAGCGGCGUGGAUCGAUAAAUGCCGACCGGACAUCCUUAUCACAGAGUCGACCUAUGCUACCACAAUCCGUGACUCCAAAAGGUGCAGAGAGCGUGAUUUCCUGCAGAAGAUUCACGACUGCAUCCAGAAGGGAGGCAAGGUGCUGAUCCCCGUCUUUGCCCUAGGCCGGGCCCAGGAGCUCUGCAUCCUCGUCGAGACGUUUUGGGAUCGGAUGAACCUGACAGUACCAGUGUACUUCUCUCUGGGACUCACAGAAAAGGCCAAUCAUUACUACAAGCUCUUUGUCAUGUGGACCAAUCAGAAGAUCCGGAAAACCUUUGUCAAGAGGAACCUUUUUGAUUUCAAGCACAUCAAGCCUUUCGACAGGGGUUACAUUCACAACCCGGGCCCCAUGGUGGUCUUUGCCACGCCCGGCAUGCUCCACGCUGGCCUGUCGCUCCAGAUCUUCCGCAACUGGGCCCCCAACCCGCUCAACAUGGUCAUCAUGCCGGGCUACUGCGUGGCAGGGACCGUGGGCAGCAAGAUCCUCAGCGGGGCCAAGAAGAUCGAGAUGGAGAACCGACAAGUGAUUGAGGUGAAGCUCUCGGUCCAGUACAUGUCUUUCAGCGCUCAUGCCGAUGCCAAAGGUAUCAUGCAGCUGAUCCGAAUGUGCGAGCCCAAGAACGUCAUCCUGGUGCAUGGCGAGGCCAAGAAGAUGGAAUUCCUCAAGCAGAAGAUCACGGGCGAAUUUGGCAUUGAAUGUUUCAUGCCAGCCAAUGGAGAGAUAGUUGCCUUGGAAACCAAGGCAAAUCUUACUGCAGACGUGUCCCUAAAUUUGCUCAAGCGGAGUAUCGCCACUUCCGGGGAUGCAUUGAGAGAUGUAAAAAAACCGAGGAUAUUACAUGGCGCUCUGACUAUCGCUGGAGAGAAAAUGCAUCUUGAGGAUGCAUCCAAGACGAUGCAGCAACUAGGCGUGACGGAGCAUGAGAUCCGAUUCACGUCCACAGUCACCAUCGCCUCCAUGAGCAUGGAGGCGCUACAGAAGAAACUCAAGAGGAGAUUUCCACACCAGAGUGUUCAGCUUACUUCAGAUGGCUCAAUUCUUGUCGGAUCAGUUCUGGUUAAGGUGGCGGGAGAAAGUGAGGAAUCUCUAGACCUCUUGGUGUCCUGGCCGUACCAGGAAGAGGACCUUGGUAGUGCCUUGUUUGCGGGAUUGCAGCACGGGUUUGCAGUCCACAUGGACACAUGACCCCAGAAGUACUUGUCCUUUUAACUUUGUCCCUGCCUCUGCCAUCGGUUUCAUUUUCAAGCUUUGCAAGUCGGGUUCAUCAAACACUCACUGUUGAAAAAAAACAGAUGAAAUUCCUUCAGAUUUGGUUUAUGUGUUAGAAAAUAGGAUGUUUCUGAAGCAGAGAAAUCGGCUGUGAUAAGAGCUCCAGCAUCUCAAUGCAGGGGACAAAACUCAUAAGAGCUAAAACGGGAAGUUGGAAUGGUGAUGCAUCUGAGUUUUGAAGAACGCCAUAGUCUUCAUUCUUUGGUGUUGUCCUGCAAGGAGACUGCGAUCUGACUGUACAGAAAAUCCUGCCAAAGACAAUCACGCCAUCUUUACUUGCUCUUGAAAGAUAAAAAAUCUCAUUCACGCGUCGCCUUGCUGAAGUGAUGGUACCUUGUAACUUUGUGACGUCAAAUACCCAGAGAGAGCCCUCUGUUGACAGGCAAAUAGUCUUCAGUUACCAAUCUUCGUUCAUGCCAGCUUGGGUUAUUUAACUCCCUUGUAUUAUUCUCAUAUGUUGGCUGUGCUGUGCUUGCCCUCCAAAAAUUCAACUGAGCUAUAAAGGUCAGAGUUAUCUGUUGUUAUCACAGUUAAUUUUUUUGUUCAACAUGAAUAUUUUAUGUGACUAAAACAGUGGCAUUGCAUAAUUUUCGUGUUGUCAAGAUGGCGUUACUGGACUUUACCGUCGAUGGAAUCAUGCUGUGUAAGACUUGUAUUACUCUUCUUACCGAUUUGUAAAAUUGAAGUAGGAGGUUUUUGUGAAAUAAAAGUUAAAACUUUGUUAAGAA